GCAUCAGUACGCUGAUAAGGAUAAGUUUUGAGUCUCUUCAUAAUUUCCAACAGUGCUUUGGUAGACUAUAUAGUCCUUGCGUGGGUAUGUUUCUAGGUAUAUGAUUCUUGUGUGGAUUAUCAUCUGUUAAGGUAAAAUCCCAGCCUACAUAAAGAAUUUUCUAAGUAUGAAUCGAGAGGGCCCUCAAAUGGCUUCCCUGCAGAUAACUACACACAAUGCAUCAGAUGAGUAUUACAGCAGCAGUCCAAUUCUGAAGGACUUCGACGAUGAUGGACGCCCUAGAAGAACAGGAAAUAUAUGGACUUCAAGUGCUCAUAUUAUCACAGCAGUCAUAGGGUCAGGAGUGCUGUCACUCUCAUGGGCUACGGCUCAAUUGGGAUGGGUUAUAGGACCUGGAGUUCUCAUUGCUUUCUCUUUCGUUACUCUUUAUACCUCCACCUUACUUACAGACUGCUACAGAUCUCCUGAUCCAGUCAAAGGAAAAAGAAAUUACACCUACAUGGAUGCUGUGAAAGCAAAUUUAGGAAAGACCCAAAUAUGGCUCUGCGGCUUGACACAGUAUACCAAUUUAUAUGGAACCUCAAUCGGCUACACCAUCACAGCAUCUAUCAGUAUGACGGCUAUCAAGCGGUCAGAUUGUUUCCAUGAGCAUGGGAGGCAAGCUCCAUGCCACCCCUCCAACAACCCUUACAUGAUUCUAUUUGGAAUCAUACAGAUUGUUUUAUCUCAAAUACCAAACUUCGACAAGCUCUGGUGGCUUUCUAUAGUUGCUGCAGUUAUGUCAUUUAGUUAUUCUUCAAUAGGACUUGGCCUUGCUAUUGGCAAAAUGGCAGAAGGAAACCUCCAUGGGACUCUGACAGGAGUGACAAUAGGUACAGUCACACAAGCCCAAAAGAUCUGGAGGGCCUUCCAAGCUCUGGGAGACAUUGCUUUUGCUUAUUCGUUCUCCAUGAUUUUAAUUGAGAUCCAGGACACUGUUAAAACACCUCCAGCAGAGAACAAGACGAUGAAGAAAGCCACAGCAGUAGGGAUUAGUGUCACAACUAUGUUCUACAUGUUAUGCGGUCUACUAGGCUAUGCAGCUUUUGGCAACCAUGCACCAGGCAACUUUUUGACUGGGUUUGGCUUCUACGAGCCCUUCUGGCUUGUUGACAUAGCCAAUGUAUGCAUUAUUAUUCACCUGGUGGGAGCAUAUCAGGUUUUUUCACAACCCCUGUUUGCAUUCAUUGAACAAUGGUGCUUCCGUAAGUGGCCUGAAAGCACAUUUCUUAAAAUUGAAUAUGAUGUCAAAAUGCCAAAAUAUGGAGUGUACAAACUAAGUCUUUUCAGGCUGAUUUGGAGGACAAUUUUUGUGAUCACCACCACAGUUAUUUCAAUGCUCCUGCCCUUUUUCAAUGAUGUUGUGGCACUUUUGGGUGCAGUAGGGUUUUGGCCUUUGACAGUAUAUUUCCCAGUGGAAAUGUACAUAGCCCAACAAAAGAUUGCACCUUAUUCAUCCAAAUGGUGGCUUUUGAAGAUCUUGAGCGGCGUUUGUUUCCUUGUCUCCUUAGCAGCUGCAGUUGGGGCAAUUGAAGGAGUCAUUCAAGAUUUGAAAACGUACAAACCCUUCAAAACAGCAUAUUGACUGGACGGCUUUGUUUUCUAAUAUAUAGUUCAUGUUUUGUACUGCUAGUCUUUCUUUUUCUAGCGCUAAUUUACAGCUUAUCAAGGUUUUCAGAGAGCAAGAGGAGCGUUUUUUUUCCCUUGAAGAUAUAAAAACCUUCACUGGUUUGGUUUUCCCACCUGGGCCAAAGCAGCAUCCAUUCUGUGUAUCGGGGUAGGGAAUUUUAAAAUAUUUUCGAGGCCUUUUAUGGCGGCGCGAAAACUGGUGUGGUUGUAUCUAGUUUUAUACUAGCUAACCCAAAAUUAAUAAUAAAUGAGUGGGUGGUUAUGCCUUCACUUUCACUAA